AUGGCUAUGGACCACGGCCGAGACCCCUGCCCCUGGGUCAUCCUGAACGAUUUCGGCGGCGCCUUUUCCAUGGGUGCUGUCGGAGGAACCAUCUGGCACGGUAUCAAGGGCUUCCGCAACAGUCCCUAUGGCGAGCGACGAAUCGGCGCGCUGACGGCCAUCAAGAUGCGCGCGCCCGUCCUGGGCGGCAACUUUGGUGUCUGGGGUGGUCUCUUCAGCACAUUCGACUGCGCGGUCAAGGGCUACCGCCAGAAGGAGGAUCCCUGGAACGCAAUCACAGCCGGUUUUCUAACGGGUGGCUCGCUGGCCAUGCGUGGUGGCUUCAAGUCGGCGCGCAACGGUGCCAUUGGCUGCGCGGUUCUGUUGGCCGUCAUCGAGGGUGUCGGUAUCGCCUUCGGAAAGAUGAUGGCUGGCAACACCAAGCUGGAGGCUCCUCUACCUCCUCCUGAAAACGCCGCUAUCGCAUAA